AUGAAGAGCCUAUUUCUGACUGUUGCGCUGUUGGGACUGGUGGCUGUCCUCCAGGCCCAGGAUGAUCUUCCCUUUCUCUCAGAAGAAAAGAAACUUUCAGGUAUCUGGUUCCUAAAGGCCACAGUGCAGCAAAGACAGGCAGAGGGGACCCUUGUGGUAGCAUUCCCUCACAGAGUGGCAUGCCCGGAAGAAGGAACCUUGGAGAUCAGGGCCACUACCUUGUCCGAUGGCCAAUGCAUUAAGGUAGCAAUUCGUAUGCAGAGAACAGAGGGACCCGGUCAAUACAGUGCCUUUUGGGGCCAUAAUCUCUUCUACAUCUAUGAGCUGCCAGUGAAGGACCAUUACAUCAUAUAUGGUGAAAGGAAUCCGUUUGAGAAAAGAUCUCAGUCGGCAGGCCUCUUAGGAAAGUGUCAAGAAGAAAAUCUUGAGGCCCUGGAAGAAUUUAAGAAGUUCAUACAGCACAAAGGACUUCUCCAAGAAAACAUCAUUGUGCCUGUGCAGAAGAGCCUGUCUCUGAUCUCUGUGGUGCAUGCAGGCUGCAUUAAUGGUGGUGAGUGUGCCAAGAUAGAUGAGUUCUCUGGACCACUGCUCUGCACAGAGGACCGGAAAACUCGGAAGGAGGUGGCCAUGGAUGUGUCUUCAUGCAAUGAGCAGAUUGCUUCUCUGGUGAAGGAGCAGGCAUAUCUGUGCAUUCUCAGGCAGAGGGAUCCCAGGUUCCCGCCCUCCUCCGUGAAGUACCAGCAUUCACAGCUGAGAACCCUGGCAGGCAUCCUGGCUGGGAAGGUGCCAGGACCUCUUCGAAGUUCAAAGCGAAGCCUGCUGGACGCAUAG